AUGCUUAGAGCUGCUUACAGCUGUCGAACGUGUGUGAAAGAGUCUAAUGUCAUUAAUGGCGCCAAGUGUAUGUAGUGUAUACUGGUGUGUAUAAUAUUCGACGAGACGCUGCCGUGCUUCUCUUUCACGUGUCUGAAUAAUAAAGUCGGGACUUGAAACGUCGAAUACGCAUCCGACGACUGGUGAGAGGAAUUCUCGCGCAGAAUGAAUGUCGUUCGGAUUAAUUCAAAGAACGUGAUAUUCCUUUUCAUGGCACUUCUGUCAACCUCUGUUCAGGAGGCUCGCAUGGAUUACGGCACUGCAACCAGCUAUGCUCUGAAAGAAGCUAAUGUAAACUCAACACCAGCCUAUAGUAGCAAAAAGGAGGAAAUGGCUAGUCUGUGUCCGAGCGGGAUACCUUGCGUAGAAUUGAGUGGAGAAUGCUUGAAGUGCAACUUAAAUUACAGCUGCAAAUAUGGAGCAAUGUAUGAGGCAAAUUGUUCCGUGAUGGAACAUGUCGAUUGUAUAGGAGAACAGACUUUCACGAAGAAAUACAUGUGCCGUUACUGUUAUCAAACUGAUCAUUGGGAGCAUCAGUGCCAUCAGAAAAAUUCCUGUAGCUCAGUAGCUUCUCCUCAGCAGUAUUAUAGAACAAAUUGUACAGUAAACAAUGACAUACUGUGUCUGGGCAGACGAAAGUUUAUGAAGAACUUAUCUUGUAACUGGACAGUUGGAUAUCGUUGGUCUACGGCUUUGAUCUUAAGCAUUACUCUUGGAGGAUUUGGUGCAGAUAGGUUUUACUUGGGACACUGGCAAGAAGGUAUUGGUAAGCUUUUUAGUUUUGGUGGACUAGGUGUGUGGACUUUAAUUGACGUAAUAUUAAUCUCUAUGAGAUAUUUAGGCCCCGCUGAUGGCUCUUUGUAUAUUUAGAUUAUUUAUGAAUUUUGUACAUAUCAAUAUCAGAAAAUCUAAGUCUUAUUUUUUAUUAUAAUUUAUGAUAGUCAUUAAGAAUGUGUUAUAUUUGUUGAACUAGGUACAAAUUAAUGUGAUAAAUGUACAUACAUAAAUGCGAGCAAGUCUUUUAUAAAAAUGAAGUUUAGCCAUAGACAAUAACUGUCAACAUUUUCACAUAGAUUUAGUGUUGUUUUAUUAAUGUUUAAUAUAAUCUCUGUAUAAAACUCUUAGAAGAGAAGAAAGCAAAUGUAAAAUGUUGGUUU